AUGCCUGUGCCAUGGAAACGCAUAAUUCUCUGUCUGGAUGGAACUUGGGUGAAUAGUGACAAAGGCUACAACCGGCCCACCCUUGACCAGCCAAACGCGACGCUCCAGGUUCCAUCGAACGUGACUCGUGUUUACCGCGCACUCAGAAACCGCGACCGGGAUGGAACGUGUCAAAUUUCGUACUAUCAACCCGGUGUUGGUAGUACUGGUGGAAUCGCUGAUAGUAUAGCCGGAGGAGUGUUUGGAGCCGGGGUUUCUGAAAACAUGCGAGAGGCUUACAGUUUUGUCGCUGCAAAUUAUGAGCCUGGAGAUGAGAUCAUCUUGAUGGGAUUUUCCCGCGGUGCUUUUACGGCGCGUGCCGUAGCAAGCAUGAUAUCCGAGAUCGGCCUUCUCAACUCCAAAGGAAUGGAAGUGUUUUAUCCGAUCUUCAAGGAUGUUCAGAACAUGCGAAAUACCAAUUAUAAGGACAAGUUUCCCACUGUACCAUUUCCGAACAAGCCAAAAUCGCCUGAUCGAGGCAAAGAAUAUCGACAACGCCUUGAAGAGGGCGGCUUCACACGACUUAAUGAUCCAGAUGGAUAUCACAUCAAAAUUCGCUGCGUUGCGGUGUGGGAUACGGCGCUCGCCCUUGAUGAAGAUCGCGCCUCGUUCUCUCCAGCAGUCUGGGAAAGACCGCCCAAAUCCCGUACCGACCUACGACAAGUCUGGUUCCCUGGAGCGCAUUCCAACGUCGGCGGAGGUCUUCCAGAUCAAGAAAUCGCAAAUAUCACCAUGGCCUGGAUGAUGGACCAACUCGCAUCUAUUGGUGUUGCCUUCCAGUCAAAUACAAUCGACCGGAUAUUCGACGAGAGCGUUCGUUUUUAUUACAACUGUGGCCAACAGUCGAAGCCUCGACCUGAUUCCCCGGAACGAAAGAGGAUGACACAGUGGGCGUCCGCCUCAAUUUACGACGAACACCGACCAGUUCGUCCCUGGGCAUUGGGCGAGAUUGUUCAGCCGGAAACAGGAUUAUACCGCCUGGCAGGGAAAACGACCCGCACGCCUGGCAUGUAUCAUGUCGUCGCUCGUGAUACGGGACAAGCCACACCUUAUUUCCUGAGAGAUACAAAUGAGAAAAUCCAUCGAAGUGUUCGCAUUCGUCUCGCGUUAGAAGGGCUGGGAUAUGAUGACCUGGGGCCAUACAAAUGUCGUGCGCUUCUUAAAAAGGGACCGUGGUCGCUCCGCAGAAUUCGCUACGUUGUUCGAUCAACCAGACAAACUCUGAAUUCUUAUGGCGAACUCGAUGAAGCGAUAGAUGAAAAAGAAGAAUCCGGCUGGGGAUGGAUGUAUGACGGCCCGAAAGAACAUGCGCCUCCAGACACACUUUUAAUGGAAGAGGAACUGGGCCCGUACGAGAAUGAGUUACUUCGUCUUAACAAAGGUGAGGCCUCUGAAGUUGAAAUCCUGCUGCUGGUCGUCCGUUCUAUCGCGAAAUACUCGCAGAUUGCAGGCGAUGAUAACACCGGGGGCUCGAGCGAAAACAGUUCGGGUCAAGCUGUUUUUUAG